AUGUCGACCAUCACUGUCCUGCUCCUCGCUGCCAGCCAACUGGUGACAGCGGUUCCACAAUCAUAUGCUUCACCCCCACCGAUCUCAACCAUUGAGCCUUCCCUCACUCAGAUCGAAGAGACAGCUGCGACUGCCACCCCCAUUUCUCCAGUCAGCCAUGUCAAGGGUUUGGCUUUCAACCGAUUCUACCAGAUCUGGUUGGAGAACAUCGACUAUUCCUCUGCCGCGGGAGAUGCCAACCAAGAGGCGCUCGCUCAGAUGGGCAUUACCUUGACCAACUAUUACGCAGUCACUCACCCUUCUGAGCCCAACUACUGCGCCGCAGCGGGUGGGGACCACUUUGGCAUGGACAACGAUGACUUCCACGCCAUCCCUGCCAACGUCUCUACGGUUGUCGAUCUUCUCGACACCAAGGGUAUUUCCUGGGCGGAGUACCAAGAAGAUAUCCCAUACCCUGGAUUCCAGGGCUUCAACUACUCCAACCAGGAGACCUACGCCAAUGACUACGUUCGCAAACACAAUCCCCUGAUUCUAUUCAAGUCCAUUACCAACAACGCCACUCGUCUCAAGAUGAUCAAAGGAUUCAAUGCAUUCGAGGAUGAUCUCAAGAACAAGCGUCUGCCUCAAUGGGCCUUUAUUACUCCCAACAUGACCAACGAUGCUCACGACACCAACAUCACCUUCGGAGCGCAAUGGGAGUGGGAUUGGCUCCAGCCACUCUUGAAAAAUGAAUAUUUCAUGAACGACACUUUGGUCCUGUUGAGCUUCGACGAGAACGAGAACUAUCCGGUUCCAAACAAGAUCUUCUCCAUCCUAAUCGGUGGCGCCGUUCCUCAGCACUUGCGAGGAUCCACCGACGAAACCUUUUACAACCACUACUCGACCAUUGCCUCCGUCUCGCAGAACUGGGGUCUCCCAUCCCUCGGACGUUGGGACUGUCACGCCAAUGUCUUCGAGUUGGUCGCCAACAAGACCGGCUACAAGAACCAGAAGAUUCAAACCGCCGGCAUGUACUUUAACGAAUCGUACCCUGGCCCCCUGUCAGAUGACGCCUAUGUCCCUGACUGGCCAAUCCCAACGAACGCUUCCACUUGCGCUCAUGGCAAGGGCGUCUUGAAACAUGUCGUGAACACAUACAAGGGCAUGGCUGCGACACUGAACUAUACUGCUCCCUAUCCCUAUGACGCCUUGACCGGCAAUAACGUGCCUGCCAACAGUUGA